UUUGUGUGUUUCUCCCGAUGGAAUGGUUUCUCUUGGCGACAUCUGUGUGUGAUGGUCCUUUGAACCCGUUUCUAUCGACGAGAGGAAUGUCAAGUGCUGUUGUCGGAUUGUGUCACGUUUUGGGUUUUAGAUGAUUUGAGUCUCAACUUUUCUCUGCAAUGUGAUCCCAUAGCGGAGUGGAUAUCGCGUUAGACUCCGAAUCUAAAGGUCGUGGGUUCGAUCCCACUGGGAUCAUUUGUUUUCCAUGCUUUUUGUGCCUUUUUUAUCAAUCAACUUGUUCUCUAAGCAAUGAUCAAUUGAAUUUAGGUCUAGCUCUAGUUGUGUUUAUGGAGCUCAGCUGUAUGUUGUUGUUUACCGUUAUGAAUUGCAAUGCAAUUUAGUGUAGUUAAUACAUUUUCUUUCUAUGUGAAGUUUGUGUUUGGUUAAAUGGUCAAGUAAGUGGAACGAUCUGGGUGUUCCUUAGAUAAAAGAAGAACACUGACUCAGUUUAGUGUUACAAAAGGGUUGUUUAUUCUGUUUUGUUGUUUAUUGAUGAAACAAUAAUUGUUUUGCUCAGAUGUUGUUUGUGUCGGUGUGCAGAUGAUCGACGAUCAAGACUUGGGGUUUAUAGUCAAUUUUCUCGGCGUCUCCAUCUUCGCCUUGGUAAUUGCUUAUCAUUACGUAGCUUCUGAUCCCAAGUACGAGGCGACUUGA